UCCGCCCUCUGUCCGUUGGCAACCAAUCAGCGCGGGACUGGCGUCAGGUCGUUGCGUCGCACUCGCGGAGGAGCUCCAUAUUUAGCUCGAGCGAGUCUGACAGCCAGUAAACCCAAGACAGAGUUCAAGUCCAACUUAUUUCACCCCACAACCGCAGAAACACGCAGAAAACAAACGAGUCACAAAAGCCACCAGGUUCGGGAACGGGUUCGACUGGUGUCGGGGACUUUGAGGAAACAGAACACGACGUUUUAAUGGGAUUUUCUUUCCUCUCAGAUGGGAAUGUAGCUUAGCUGCUUAGCCUGACCACUAGCGGUAGCGGGCUAGCCGUGUGUCGAAGAGUGAAGACGGAAUAAGUGGACUUUCAGGCGUUAUAACGACAUAACAUCUCAACAAACCGCCACAGUUUUCCCAGGGGAGCGUUUGCGAAGACGUCGCCGUCCCAGGAACGGCCAUUCUGGGCUGUUUUGUGGAGAUUGAGUGGGAACUUCUCGGUUUAGCUGGCUGGCUAGCUGGCCGUCACGUCGGUUUGUCAGUCGAACCUGAAAUCCGGACCGGAUAGGGGAGGGAGGGACACCGAACUCUCCCUUGAGGUCCAAAGGGCCCCCUUUGAUAUACGAGCUUUAGGGAAGGUGGUUCUUGACGGGAUUCGAACCAGCAAACAUUUGGUUCGGCUGUCAGAACCGGUUCGGGCGGCUGUGGGGACUUUCUCUCCAUCAGACUUUUUGAAGUUCGUCUACUGCGGGCCGGGGACGGAACCGGACAGAGACCUCAUGAAUGGAAAUCGGCACUACAGCAGCCGUUGGGGCCCAGCCCCUGUUCUCAGUGCCUCGGAGGCCCGGCUAUGGCACCAUGGGGAAGCCCAUCAAGCUGUUGGCCAACUGCUUCCAAGUGGAGAUCCCCAAGAUGGACGUCUAUCUCUACGAGGUGGACAUCAAGCCUGAGAAGUGUCCACGGCGUGUGAACAGGGAGGUCGUGGACUCCAUGGUGCAGCACUUUAAGGUCACCAUCUUUGGGGAUCGAAGACCAGUUUAUGAUGGGAAGAAAAGUCUCUACACAGCCAAUCCACUGCCUGUGGCUCCUGCAGGGGUGGACCUGGAUGUCACACUGCCAGGCGAGGGGGGCAAAGACCGACCCUUUAAAGUCACUAUAAAGUUUGUGUCCCUGGUUAGCUGGCACUUGUUACACGAGGUACUGACGGGUCGCAGUAUGCCAGAGCCCCUUGAACUGGAUAAGCCAAUCAGUACGAACCCUGUUCACGCUGUGGACGUGGUGCUCCGCCACUUGCCAUCAAUGAAGUACACACCUGUGGGACGUUCCUUUUUUUCUGCCCCGGAGGGCUACGACCAUCCUCUGGGAGGUGGCAGAGAGGUGUGGUUUGGUUUCCAUCAGUCCGUUCGGCCAGCCAUGUGGAAGAUGAUGCUCAACAUUGAUGUUUCAGCCACAGCUUUCUACAAAGCACAGCCAGUUAUUCAGUUCAUGUGUGAAGUUCUGGACAUCCACAAUAUCGACGAACAGCCUCGACCCCUUACAGACUCCCAUAGAGUCAAAUUCACCAAAGAAAUCAAAGUUAUGGGUGGUUUAUGUACAGGUCUGAAGGUGGAGGUGACACACUGCGGAACCAUGCGGAGGAAGUAUCGAGUCUGUAAUGUUACCCGCCGACCUGCAAGUCACCAAACGUUCCCCUUGCAGUUGGAGAAUGGACAAACUGUAGAACGAACCGUAGCCCAGUAUUUCAGAGAGAAAUACAACCUGCAGCUCAAAUACCCCCAUCUGCCCUGCCUACAGGUGGGCCAGGAGCAGAAACACACCUACCUGCCCCUGGAGGUUUGCAAUAUUGUAGCGGGGCAGCGUUGUAUCAAGAAACUGACAGAUAAUCAAACAUCCACAAUGAUCAAAGCCACGGCACGUUCAGCCCCGGACAGACAGGAAGAGAUCAGCAGACUGGUACGCAGUGCUAAUUAUGAAGCAGACCCGUUUGUGCAGGAGUUUCAGUUUAAAGUGCGAGACGAGAUGGCUCACGUGACCGGGCGCGUGUUACCUGCGCCCAUGUUACAGUACGGGGGCAGGGUGAGCACAGAACACUUUAUGAAUCGCACCGUGGCUACACCCAGUCAUGGUGUUUGGGAUAUGAGAGGAAAACAGUUUCAUACCGGUGUUGAGAUCAAGAUGUGGGCCAUCGCCUGCUUCGCUACGCAGAGACAGUGUCGAGAAGAGAUUCUCAAGGGUUUUACUGACCAGCUGCGUAAGAUCUCAAAGGACGCCGGGAUGCCCAUCCAGGGUCAGCCGUGUUUCUGUAAGUAUGCACAGGGAGCAGACAGCGUGGAGCCCAUGUUCAGACACCUGAAGAACACAUACUCUGGACUUCAGCUCAUCAUCGUCAUCCUGCCAGGAAAAACACCCGUCUAUGCUGAAGUGAAGCGUGUUGGAGACACUCUUUUAGGAAUGGCCACUCAGUGCGUUCAGGUGAAGAACGUGGUGAAAACAUCUCCUCAGACGCUCUCCAACCUCUGCCUCAAGAUCAACGUCAAGCUCGGUGGCAUCAACAACAUCCUGGUGCCACAUCAACGGCCGUCAGUAUUUCAGCAGCCCGUCAUCUUUUUAGGGGCAGACGUCACACAUCCUCCUGCCGGAGAUGGGAAGAAGCCCUCCAUUGCAGCGGUGGUGGGAAGUAUGGAUGCCCAUCCAAGCAGAUACUGUGCCACAGUUCGUGUCCAGAGGCCCAGACAGGAAGUAAUUCAGGACCUGGCCUCCAUGGUGCGAGAGUUACUCAUCCAAUUUUACAAGUCCACCCGCUAUAAACCCACAAGAAUCAUCUUCUACAGAGACGGCGUAUCCGAGGGCCAGUUUAGACAGGUGUUGUACUAUGAGCUUCUGGCUAUCCGAGAGGCCUGUAUCAGUUUGGAGAAGGAGUACCAGCCUGGUAUCACAUAUAUAGUGGUGCAGAAACGACAUCAUACACGCCUCUUCUGUGCCGACCGCAACGAGAGGGUGGGUCGUAGUGGAAACAUUCCCGCUGGUACGACAGUAGAUACAGAUAUCACGCACCCCUACGAGUUUGACUUUUACCUCUGCAGUCAUGCUGGAAUACAGGGCACGAGCCGACCGUCUCAUUAUCACGUCCUGUGGGAUGAUAACUGCUUCACGGCUGAUGAGUUCCAGCUGCUCACUUACCAGUUGUGCCACACGUAUGUGCGCUGUACCCGCUCCGUCUCCAUCCCUGCGCCAGCCUACUAUGCCCAUCUGGUGGCCUUCCGUGCCCGCUACCACCUGGUGGACAAAGAACACGACAGUGCGGAGGGCAGCCACGUCUCCGGACAGAGCAACGGCCGGGAUCCACAGGCGUUGGCCAAAGCUGUGCAGAUUCACCACGACACCCUGAGGACCAUGUACUUUGCCUAAACCAGCUCAGAUUAACCACCAUAUUCAUGUAGUCAUACACAAAAAACAAACAAACGUCGACCACACACACACACACAUGCAGUCACAACGAUUGACUCCCGCCGUUCUGUGCGUCCUGAAAGGUCGGUCUUGGUGGCGAUGGAAGCGCGGCCCACCCAGCCCGGUAAAUGUGGACCUGACACUGUGCAGCAGGAAGACAGGGCCCACGCUUUAAUUCCACAAGUGGACCUCUGCACUAUUAUGCAAUAUAUUAAACCAGCCAAAUGAGGCCGUUCUGUCACGUCCCCUCCAAAUCCUCCACGACAACCAAAAGGGAAGCUCUUCUUCGUCCCCCUCCACUUCUGCAGACGUAAAGUUCAAUUCCCCUGCCCGUCACGUCUUGUACCUCAAAGUUUUUUUAAAGGCACUUUUACCCCGUCGUCCAGCCCUUCAUCAUAAGUUCGAAAUGGAAGCAGAUGGAAAGACUGAGAGAAAUGAAGUUUUGGGAACGCCUGCUGUCGUUUUAUCAAUGUACUCCUCUCCCGAACUCACUUAUUUUUGUAGCCAGUGGUGACUUAAGUGUUGUGAAGAACCAAUUGUGCGUUGAAAAGAGAAAUGAAAUUCAAGCUUUUAUUGUUAGACAAGUGCCAUUGCUGGGCGAAAUCAUAUAAUUUUUAAGCUCAAUAAUAUCUACCUGGGGUGGCCCCAAAUACAGUCUGUGAGCUUUUAUGUAUGACCGUGCGAAACGAUCAUGUUUUUGAUAUAUGCUUCAGCAACUUUUUACUUUUUUUUUUUUUUUUUUGGUUUUAAAUGUCUGAAAUUCCCUCCAGUAUUUAUUUUUUGUUUGCAGACUUUCUAUCCAUUUAAACACACAGUCCAUGUUAAACGACACAUCAUAGUUUAGUGCAAUAAUCCAUUAGCAGGAUGACGUUAACUUACGGUUCGUUGGCAGUCUAUAUUAAGAGAAAGUUUUGGCAGAAGCGAGCGAAAAAUGAGGGUCGAAGAUGUGCAUGUUGAUGGUUUUUAUUUUUUCGUGAAAGUGAAGCGGCGAUUCCUGCGUGUUAAUAAGUGCCUGCUUCCCAAAAAGCAUUCGAACGAAAACACCAGAAGUCAAAAAUCACCUCAUUUAGACCAAGGGCGCAGUUGCAAUCAAAUUCAACUGUAUGGCCUAAAUUUCUUAAGAUGCGAGUCGGUGCAGUGAUGCUGGUUCACUUUAUAUUGCAACUUACGUCGCGAUUUUCACUGCCCUGCCUAUUCAAAGGAUUACGCUGCUAUUGUACUUGUUAAAGUAGACCUAGACAUGCUUCAGUUUGCCUGUGCACAAGGGACUGAUCGCCCGCUCUGGGAUCACAUUUAUGGAGGAGCUCUGACGCUUGUUAUUCACUGGAGGGCCACUAGAGGUCAGUAUAGUAUUUUACUUGAAGAGCUUGUAUUGAGUGACGUGAGCGUGGGUGCCUUAAUCUUUCUCUCAGUGCCCAUCUGAAGCAGGUCCGGCUGUGUUACAAUGGUUUUCUGCACUAAAUGAUGCAUUAUGCAUGGUGCUAUCAGGUGCGGCCCACGGGCGGCAUCAGAAAUCGGAGACUUAAUUCAUAAGGUGGGAUCAUGUGUGUGAUGUUUAAAUGGUGCUGGUUGUGUAUUUCUUUCUCAUCGGAGAGGAGUCUCUUAUCUAGACAGAGAUAUGAUGAUGUUGUUGUUGUUAUUUUUGUUUGUUUAUUAGAUUUGUGUAUGAUUUUAAUUGCGUCGAAUGGUACAACACUAUGGCCAGUCAGAGUAAGAUUACGAUCAUAAGAUUUAACUGCACAGAGCACUAGGAACCUAUUCAAAAACUAUUCUGAUCCGUUUUAUAAAUUAUGCAAUGAAUCAAAUUUGAAGUACAGUAUAAAUGGGUCCUGUAAGGAUUUGGAAAGAAGGCAGCAGGCUGUCGUGAAGACGUUUAUGUGCCGUUUUGACAAACGUACGGUUUGCAUGAGGAUUAAUGAUUUAGCAACUGAAACUGUUUCCGUUUUUUAUUAGACCUUCCAUAAUAUAACCACUACUGAUGCUUCAAGCAUUUACAGAAACAAGGUUGGAAGUAAAAUCAUCCAUGUGUGGAUGCCAAAUAACAGAUGAGGACGAUGAGGUGUCUCGUUAUGUAGAUAUAUAUUCAUGCAUGUAAUAUUUGUCUCCUGGCAAAAAAUGGCAGGUUUAAAGGUGUUGUUUAGCCAAAAAUGAAAAUAAGUUUGACCCAUUACUCACCCUAAUGUCAUUACAAACCUGUAUACAUUUUAAACUGAAUAAAGUUUUCCAUAUAAUUGGCCAUAUAAUAGCUUUAUGUGAGGAACAGAUUGAAAUUAGAAAUGAAACCGUAUGAAAAUUUUACAUCAGUUAUAGUGACCAAAAUCACUACGGUUAUCAAAUAUCAUGGUUUUGUGAACAAUUACUAGAAAUGUAAAAAAGCACUGAUGCAAACCCAAUUUAAAAUUUAUUUGUCAUGUAAAUGCUCUUUUGUGCGCAUAAACAUCAAAUAAAUAUCAUUAAGAUAAAUGUUUAGAUAAAACCCAAAUAAGGAAUUCAGAUUUUCAUAUGAACAACCUCGCAGGCAUAUGACCGACCUUCAACGUUGAAAUUUGGUUGAAAUAAGGUCAGUUUCUUCAGCGUUGAAACAACGGUGAAUAUUAAACAGUUGCAAAAGGUUAAUAAAAUGCUUUAAAAAAUCAGAUCAUCAAAUCACAUCAUUUAAUGGAAAAUUAAUAGAAAAAAUUGAUCUUUCUGAAGAAAUAUUAUGUAAACAUGUGCCAGUACAACUAGUUUUUUAUUUAAAUUCAGUCGAUGCGACGUCUCCUCCUCCCAUUGUAAUAAAUUGAAGCCAAAAAUGUCCAACCAUGGGCGCUGCCAUGUUACGUAAAAACGCCAGUUUGGAGCCAGGGCAUGCGCACAAGGAAAUGUCCGAGCCAGUAUCAAACUUUCACCCAAACGUUUGCAUGUCCAAUUCAACCACGCCAAUCGUAACGACACGCUCUGCUUCUAUAGCAUCGAAUUACUCGCUAAAAUGAAACUUAUAAAAAAAUGAACAAUUGAACAUGCAUAAUAACAACUUCCUUAAAGGACCAAUUCAGGGGCGUCAUGCACCAUUUUUUUAAGGGGGCACAUUGUGCACAGCUCACAGAAAUUUGUGAAUACACGGACAUCAAAUGAAAUCUAGAGCUUUCAGUCUUUUCCAUUACAUUUCUAACAAUUUGAGCGCCCCUGCCUUCAUGCAAAAACCUCCAAAAUUAAAGUGCUGACUAACUUUCAUAUCAAAUGCUAUUCGAUCGGAAUAAUGACAUAUUGGCAUCAUAUUUAGGCUACAUCUGAAAAUUAAAUUUUGUUUAAUGACUUGUUUAAUUGUUUCAUUAAUGCAUUUUGCAUUAUCCUAUAAAAUUGAUGAAAUUUUAAAUCCAUAAAGUAUACAAACAACAAAAAUAUCAUGAGCCACGUGAUUGAGUUUAAUGUUCAAUAAUGAAAAAAAAAUUAUUUUAGAUAAAAUUAUUAGAGGAACGGAUUUUUGCAUUCAAUUUUACCUCAUAUGUGAGGAUGUGUGAUUCAGUGACACUGGCUCGGUUAAAUGUAAUUACAAAAUGAUGCGGUAAUACCAAAUCUAAUUUUAAAACCGAAAGUAAACGCGUUUUCUUCACAGAGAGUCUGCAUUAGUUAAUGUACAGGCAGCAGGUUGCUAUCACAAAAUAAUAACAUAAAUUUCAUUCUGUUUCUUACCAAAAACUGUUGUAUUAAGAACAGUAAGAAGAAUUCGAUUACUUCAUAUUUUGUUACAUUCAUUUGUUUUGUCAGCAAAACAUUUCUUGAAUGUAAAGAAAAAGAAAACGACACAUUAGGAAUGACAUGAGGAUGAGUUGAUAAAAUGUUUAUUUUUGGGUGAACCGUAAAAUGAAAGGUACAGAAAGUUUUGCCUCAUUAUUUUUUUAUCUAGAGAUUGUCAUGUAAGGAUUGCUUGCUUUAAACAGAAACUGAAAAAGAAACUGUUGGCAGGAGCGCCGAAGGCUCGUGAAUUGUGAGACGUUUAUUGCUCGUAGCUUCCGUUAUUUAGAUGAAUGUUGGUCUUUACGCGCGGAAAUUGCUCUUGAAGGAUUGAACACAAAAGUCCAAUUCCAAAUCAGAUGUCUUGUCAUCCUUGUUUUCGAGCUUUAGGGAGGGUCUAAAUACGCGGUCAAAGUAGAAAGUGCCUUUCUUCUCGAUGGUGCUGAAGAUCAGAAACUAAAAGUGAGUGAUCAAAGAGUUUAUUUAUCUUACCUUGAUGAAAGGUGUGCACAUGCAAACACACAACACCUUUUAUUUUGAUAGAGAGGCUCAUAAUGAUGCCUCCUUGUAUAUUCAGAGAUUACAAUGACGAUAUAUGCCAAGUAUAUGAACGAAGGGUUGAGCUCUGUAUCAUACUGUAUUAGGGGUCCGGACCAAUCGAGGCGUUCGUAUGCGGACACUUUAAAGCCUGGAAAGCCUAGCAUAGCACUUUAUAGACUGCCAUCCAAACGGGAAACAAAGUCAUAGCGCUUUGCUUUCCUUCCUAAGCCCUUUUAUCUCAUACUCCAGCAAAAGAUGAUACUUUGUACUUAAAAUCUUUGCUGAGAGAGACACCAGGAUGACUUGGUAAGAUUUACACCGGCGUCUCAUUAUUGUUUUAGUGGCUUAUGGAUCUUUAUGUGCAAAACUUAAAAACACUCAAUGUGAUAACAUAAUAUAUGUGACCCUGGUGGCUUGUAUUUGUCACACGGGUGCCCAUUGGUCCAGGGAAAUUUACCUCGAUGACAGAUUUCAACACACUGCACCUCAUUUACCUUGGUAUGCUGCAAACGUUAAGAGUGAAAGAAGCUGCGAACGGUUGAAUCUUACAAAAUCCUGUCAUGUUUUACAUCAAAAAUCAACAAAAAUAUUUUGGUUGAAUGAAAUGAAGCUUUUAUUUUUUCAAGACUUUGCAUUGUAACUUUUAUUCAAAUGAAAAUUACGCAUCUUAAACCAGGGUUCCCACAGGUCCUUGAAAGUUUGUAAAUUCAAAAUUCAAGGCCCUGGGAAGUUUUUGAAAAUAUACAUACAUAGAUAUACAGGUCAAAGAAAGUGCUUGAAUCUAUUUUAUGCAAGAAGUUUUCUGAAAAAAAAGUCAAUUUUAUUCCCUGUUUAGUGUAGGAUAACAAAAUAAAAAUUCUAGAUGUUUUAGGCACACGUGCUUAACUGUUUGCUUUAAAUGCUUAUAUCUUCUGUAUGUGAAUGUUGAUUUAUACCAAAAUGCUUUUUUGCAUAGUUGUGUUUGAUGCAUGAAAACGUCUCAGGUUACGUAUGUGGGAACGAGACGCUGCGUCUCUCUUGCCAUACUUCCUGCGUCCCUGUAACGCCAUCUUUGGCAAUAUUUCAAAUAGCGAUAUACUUCCUGGCUCCCGCGUCACCCUGUCUUCGUCGUUAAGCCUCACCAUUGGUUGAAUUUGAUAUACACAUUCAGACGCACUUAUCCCUGGAGGCAUCCCCAAAGUAUCACAGCGCGAGUGACGCAGCGCGAGUUCCCUCGAAAGGGAACUGUAACAAUGUAUCUUUAAAGGAAACACAGUGUAACCUGCUCUCACUUGAAAUGUGUCCCCACAUUUAGUCCUUAAAUUUGAAGGUAUUGGACCUGGAAAGUCGUUGAAAGGAUUUUGAGGUUAACUAAGGUGUGGGAACCCUGUUAAACGUUUAAUGCAUUAUCUUUGGGUGCAGUUUAUAUACAAAUAAAAAUGCGUUAUUGUCAUUGAAACGUUACAAUGCAAAACUUUGUAAUAUAAUUUUGAGGUGUGAACGAAUGACCUGGAUGUUGUUAGAUUAACCCAGUAUAAUGCUUGACUAAUGCCUGACAAUAUCUUUAAGAAAAAAAUAAUAGUUUAUAAAUCCUAACACGUAUCGUUUUCUUCUUUAUUGAGCCAGCUUUUAUUUAAAUGUUUUUCUUUUAAUAUAUUAGAAAUAUAUAUGGGAAAUAUUUAACGGUGUAUUUAUUGAGCGAGCGCAGUGUUUUCGGUCAGAGGGUUGGGGGUCGGACGUCUGCCUCUCAUCACCUGUCAAUCAACCCCUGACUUCCUCUCAUACACAAGCACAAACACAGCAGAGUGGACAGCAGGGAUGGCACAACCCAGAGGAUGUUGACCUGUUCGUUGACAUCACUUCCUCCUUAAUCUGUGUCUUUUGGGUUCGACCCCGCAUCCGAAACUGAGCGUUUGCGGAGAGAGCUCGUCGCAUUGCAUCUCAUCUGAACCACGGUGACUUGGUCGUUUUGAAAUAAAAUAUAAAGCCGGUUUAAACUUAGCCAUACGAGUUUCCUCGGCUUGUGGAUGAACAGAAAAGAUUCGUCUGGUGCUUACCGUAUAUAGCGUAGAGAAGCAGGUGUUUUGUCAUUCGCUUGAGUUUAUUUGUCUUCGUGCCAGAGUCUUUUUGAAGGGAGGGGUCCCAUUCCACUCAGACAUAUAUAUAAAUAUAAUUAUAUAUCUAUAAAUGAGCCUCAGCCUUAACUGUAUUCUUUAAUUUUCACCUGAGAUGUCUGUCAAACGCCUUAGUUGUGCGCGGCAUACAGUACUAACUCUCUCGUGGCAUCUCGGUUAUUUUUUUUAACCACUAACUGUGUGAUGAUAAGUCCAGAUGUGUGAAAACAUAAAGCCGGACGGUAACGACAUUCGUCUGUAUUUCAAAGUGUCGUGUUGUCAUUUCCUAGAAGGACAGAGGCAUCGAGCUCCAGGCAAGUUGGUGUGGAUUCCUAAAAAUGUUUACAAAACGGUUUACUGAAACGUCAAGCUCCAGCAUUCCAAAAGUGGACUGUGAACCAUCGAAUUAUUAUAACGUCUGUCACGAGGAUAAUCAUUGCUCACUCCUAAUAUCAUUUUUCAUCUCUUGGUACUCACGUGGUGUGAUUCUCGCCGUCUUUUGAUGCAUUUGAAAGCCAAAGUACAGUCGUCCCUUUCCGUCGAGUCAGGAUGAUCUCUUAAUACCGGGAGCUCUAUGGCUUUGUCCUUUCUUCUUUCCGUGUCUCUCUCUCUCUAAUGUACCAAGGGAUCUUUCUUUUACCUUGAAAUGUCUUUCUUUUGUUUUAUAAUACUCUCUUUGUAGAUCAAUGGCCUUUUAGUGUUGCUUUGCUUCAGUUUAGAGUGUAUCUUUCACUAAUACUUGCAAUAAAAAGCUUUGCUUUUGAAACCGAA